GUUAGUGGUGGUGGUGGGUGGGGAGCACGCAGGGGCAGGAUUCUGGGAGAAGGGGCUCUGGGGCUUUGUUCCCCUCCCUCUCUGCGCCCCCCCACCCAACCCUGGGAGAAUGAUGAAGAUGAAGGGUGGGGCAGGAUUGUCCCGCCUCUGUUCACAUCAGAGGAGAGAAAUGGCUAAAGGUCAUCAGCUCCACGAGGGUGGCGGAAGAGAGACGUGACAAUGAAAAUUCCCAAGUCUUUGCACCUUUCAGGAAAAGAGAGCGUCGGCGUAGGUCGUACUAGCAAGGGCAGCAGGUCAUUAGUUAAGACAACCGGUCCAGAGUUGGGAGGUCUUAGGGACUAACUUGUGGUCCCUGCCCUCCCAUUCCUAUGUUGAACCCCCAAAUUCCAAUGCGACCAUAUUGAAGACAGGACCUUGAAAGAGGCGAUUAAUUUUAACUGGGGUCGUAAGGGUGGAGCCCUAAUCCAAUAGGAUUGGAGCCCUCGUAAGAAGACCAGACGACACCAGGGAUAUGUGCACACGGGGCAAAGGCCGUGUGAGGACGCAGCGAGAGGUUGCCUAUCUACCAGCCAGAGGGGCUUCAGGAGAGACCAAUGCUGCCAGUACUGAUCUUGGACUUCCAGCCUGAGAAAAAAGAUUUCUGAUGUGUAAGCCACCAAGUAUGUCCGGUAAUAUUGUGUUGUGGGAGCUCUAGCAAACCAAUACGGGAGGUGACAGGUGGCUGUCGGAGGAUGAAGCCACACCAGUCUUUGAAGUCUAGGGGUCUUAUAAAUAAGACUCCUUUGUCAGAAAUACAUUCACAAGGACGGUUUCAUGAGGGAGGGAGGGAGGCUCUGCUUUUCUGAAGGUGCAGGGGAAGUCGGAAUAUUUUCUCUUUCUCGCAUUCCUGAGGUCUUUGUUACCCGCAGUCAGAACAGUCAAGAGUUUCCAGGCAAGGUCUCGAACUUUCACGAUGCAAAGGAAGUAUGAGUGCUAGGAUUUAGGGGGAAAGUUUUCCAUUAGCAAUAAUCGUGCCUCAGAUAAACCGUUGGCUAGGUUACUGCCACUGUGGAAAGUUGUGAAUAAUAGGACUGUCAAUAAAUACACACAAGGCGUGCAACGUUUUUCACCCACCAAGGUAAAGAAACCAAGCAGGACAGAAAAAUAAAAAUUUUGGCUUGAGUUGUUCCAGGCCGGCUUUGAACCUGGGCCAUCUUUUGGACUUACUAGCCUGUCACUUUAUAUCCCGUUUGGAGGUUAACGGUGAUAUUCCACAAGCCCAAAUUUUGGAAAAUAUCUACAUCUUCACAACUGCCUCCCCUCUCAGGGAGGUGCGUCUGAAAAAUUCUUGUCUUCUUGCAAAGUUGAGGAGUCUACAAUGACCACAACUCCAGUGUUCAAACCUUACUGUGGGGGUGGCAGGUGGGGGUGGGCUUCUUCCCCUUAAACGUCCAUCUUGUAUUUUAAAACAUUUCCAUGGACGUUCCAUCUUGCCACCUGUGCCCCUGCUCCUCGCGCCGUCCCCUGCUCAACCGAGCCUGGGCUACGAUCAUGUGAGAAAACCAGCCUUCAAAAACAUCAGUUUGGAUGCUCCUGGCCGCAGAAGUUGGGUGCCCCAACCCAAAACGGUUGGAAACUUGGACACGCACUACUGGAUGUAGCGGGCAUUCCAAUGGCGGCGCAGUUCCUGGGCUGGUUAACACGGUGGGUCAGCGAUGGCCCUGAAGCCCUGGGUUCUGCGUCUCCCUUCCCGGCUCUCAGCGAACUGAACCACAAGGCCAACUCCCCACGCAGACCAAGAUAACCUCCACGUGCACCAACCACGUCAGCGGAAGACCAUUCCCAGGUCUCUUCAAGAGCCAGUAAGAUAUUUCCCAUCAGCCCCCCCACAGACUUCCUCUCACUCGGCAUUGGCCAGAGCCAGGUCACAUGACCGGUCCUGGGAAUGGGAGCAUCUGAUUGGCUCAGCCUUUGGCCAAUCAGGAUUUGUCCCUUCUAAGUCGGCUUCGGUCUUGAAGCUCCGGCCCAGAGGAGGAGGAAAGGAGCCUUCCGGCCGCGCUGGGGCUCGUUCGGCAAUCAGGGCGCGGGGUGGUGGGUGCCGCCGAGGCUCCCCAACUGCCUCCGCCAGUCUCCCAACCUUGCAGCAUCUGAGGGGGGUCUCCGGCCCCCCAAGCCCAGUUCACAGCCUCUCUCCCCAGCCUCGUGCUCUUCUGUCCGCCUUCCCUAACCCCGAAAAGCAGCCUCGUGGAGACAUCUAGCUGGGGAGGCGGGCACUGGCGCCUCCCGCCCACAGCCACGGGAAUGAGCCCUCCUGAAAGUGGGUCUUUUACCCCCAAACACGCCUUCGGUUGAGUUAACUGCAGCUUUGCCCCUCAUCCUCACGAAAACUCACGAGAGGCCCCGAGUCAGCGCUGUCCAGUCUCUCCAGGGCACGCUCGGAGGUCUAUACCUGCAGGGCCUCAAACUCCAUUUCCAGCUCACACAGCAGCGUGGACGCCGACAUCACCUUCUCAGCCUCACUUUUGACCAUGUGGAGUCUGCCAGCUGCAGUCCAGCUCACCUUUGAUGCCAACCCACUUACCACCAUCCAAAAACUGCUGGCCAGACCCUCCAUUGCCGUCAGCCAGGACACUGCCACGGAACGGAGGGAAAACGUGACCUUCUGCCGUAGCACCCCGGAUGCCGACGUUACCAUCCACUGGGUCUUCAACGAUCUCCCCCUGGUGUUCCAUGAGCGCAUGCAGCUGGCCACAGAUGGCAAGACCCUCACCAUCCUCACUGUACAGCGGGAAGACUCUGGGACUUACACAUGUGAAGCCCAGGCUUUCCGCCAGGUCCGGAGCAGUGCUCCCACCUUCCUGGCUGUGAACUAUGGUCCUGGCCCGUUUGAAAUCAAGUUGGAGUCUGGCGUAUCCAGAGGGGAGGUGGUUGAAGUGAUAGAGGGCUCCACUGUGAGCUUCUCCGUGGAAACACAGUCUCAUCCUCCCCCUGCCUAUACCUGGUUUCUCCCCUAUGACUCCAUCCCACCUCCCACCAUGAGUUCGUUCGCCACCCAAGCUGUGUCCCGGGAACAUGAAGGCACGUACAGGUGCUUGGUAUCCAGCGGUGCUACCCACCUGCUUCGCCUGGGUGCUCUUACAGUUCGAGUCCUUGAAACGCUGACCAAGCCUCACAUUGUGCCCCCAAGCCUGAAUCUCGUGGAAAAUGCCAGCUCCGUGGCCCUGACCUGCCAGACCCCCCAUGAGGGGGCUGGAGUCCUGUGGCUCCUGAGGGGCCAGGCUCUCCUGCCCAGCGAUCACCUGGUGCUGUCGGCUGACAACAGGAGCCUGGUCAUCCACGGCCUCCGGCGGGACGACACAGGACCCUACAGCCCUGACCGAGUGGACAUCACCAGCGGGUCUGCGCCCGGGGUGGUCGGCACCGUGGAGGCCGAGCUCAACUCCAGCCUGACUCUGCGGUGCCGGGCGGAGUCCCAGCCGGGCGUUGAGUUUCACUGGACCCUUGAACAGUCCACCGCUGUGCAUGCAGGGCAGGUGCUGAUCAUCCGGGCCCUGACCUGGGAGCACCAGGGGAUCUACGGCUGCACGGCCUCCAACCCGCUGACCCAGCUGGCCCGCUCUGCCUCGGUCCGGGUCAGAGUGGUAGGUCCCCAGUCAUCCCUGUCUGCAGGAGCCAUUGGUGGCAUUGCUGUCGGGAUCCUGGCUCUCAUUGCCCUGUCCGCAGGGCUGGGCUGUUUCCUCUGCAUCAGAAAUGCCAGACGGUUCUCAAGGGAAAAAGCAGAGGGCCCCAUCCAGGAGGCAGCAACACCCACCUCCGAGGAGGAGCCCCAUGCAGAGUCCUGUUCCAAUUGGCUGAGCCCCAUGUAUGCCAAUUUACCCAAACCUCAAGGACAGGUUGGAGUCAAAAAGAUGCUGCCACCAGCUCCCCUAGAGCAGUUUUAUGAGAAGGAGCCCCCAUCAGUAACCCCCGGGAACGAUUCUCAUGGCCCCAGAAAACCAUCGCCCGAAGUUACAUUGGAUCCAUUGGUUCCCACUCUACCGAAAGGAAACACAGAAUCACACUAUGAGGCACUUUUAUGCCACCCUGAAUCUUUGGAUAGGUCAAGAGCUGUCACCAAUCUGCCGCUUCCUCCUUGAUGGGAUGUCUGUGGGAUAAACUAUCAAGAGCAUUUUCCCUUAAUCGUUUUUCAGUUCCAUCCCACCCAUUUCCAUCCUAUCAUGUUCUAGUUCACUUCAUUCUCUUCUUUUCCGGUCGACUUGAUCUUACUCCAUUCCAUGUUUCUGCCACAUUUGUUUUCACGCCACCUGUUAGAAGGCGGAGAGGGGGCAGGAAUGUAUCCCCAAACUGAGGAGGCGCUCUGAGACCAGAAAACAAAGCAGGUGACUCCAUACAGUUUACACAGAUUUUCAUUCAGAGUAACCUACUGAGAAGGGGAGAUCGGGUGGAUGAUAAUCCAGGCACCUGCACAGCAGUUCUCCAAAAAGUCCCCAUCUUCAUCCACGGAUUGUAUAGAGUGAAGUCAAAGGGUCUAAGGCUUAACAGACCUCUUGUGCACCUGUGUGCCAGGAGGCGUGGGGGUGGGGAAGAAACUAUGUCAUCUCUACGAGUUACCUAAACAGCCACACGGAAUGGCCAGAACAAGCCUUCCCACGUUCGCCUGGGGGACACGCUAACUUCCAAGGUGCACGGAACACGUAAGCCGCCCCCCGCCCCCCGGGGAGGUCAUCUUGCAGAUGUGAACAAGAUGGGGUCAGUACUGGGGACACUCCGACACCGCGUGUUUCUUUUCUAUCCAUUUAUCUGUUUACCAAGAGAGCGGCAGGCCACGCAGAGCCCGAUGCGGGGCUCAGUCUCACGGACCGCGAGAUCGUGACCUGAGCUGAAAUCAAGAGUUGAUGGAGCCCCCCCAGGCGCCCCUUGAUUCUUUCCGUAAAAUUCCUUCUGUUUCUCUUACUCAAUCGACUCUAUUCCCUUUCCUCUCUUCCCACUCACUGAACCCCAUCGCGCUCUGUGGAUUCCAUCCCAGUCCACUGUGUGAGCCCGUCGCGCCCCUUUCCACCUCGCCCUCAGCUUCCUUCCCUGCCAUUCUCUCCCACUGCUCUCUAUUACGUUUUGUUCACUUUUCCCUUCUAAUUCCACUCGAUUCCUUUCUUCCACGUUCUGCUGCCUUCUGCUCUAUUCCUGUCCACCCCGCUUCCGUCCCAUCCCUUGGGCUCACUUCCGUUCCUUUCCUUCUCAUCCCAUGUCAUUCCUGCUCUUCCCCAUUCGUACAUGUAAUCCGUUCUAUGCAUUCUGGCUUCCAUCACCCCGUUCCUUCCUGUUCAGUAUCCCUGUGUACACUCAGCUCUGUUGUUGUUUUUUUUUUUUUUUAUGAAUUUAAACAUUUUGGUCUUUACAUUUUAAUUAAUUAAUUAAUUAAUUAAUUGUCAAGUUAGCUAACAUACAGUGUGCCCUUGGCU